GUUAUUUUCAUCCGCUGGCUGCGACUGUCUGUGAAAAUCGUUGUUGGUUUAAAGGGCCUUCCUAUUAAUUCGAAUGGUGAUGCAACCCUCACCAAUUGUAGGAACUAUGUUGUGGAAUCUGUCCUAAAUUCCUUUAUUUUAAAUAUUUUGUAUAUAUUAGACUUUUGUUGAAAAUAUCGUCUGCCUUCUAGCAAAAUGAGAACUGUUGAAAGUGUGUACAACGAUGUUGUGGUGCAGGUUCGUGCGGAAACAAAUUCGGGAGAACACGUCUUUAUUUCUGGAAAUACUCCCGAAUUAGGAGAAUGGAAAGUGUCAAAAGCAGUUAUGCUGUCAAAGCUUUCUACCGACAGCAACAUCUGGGGAGGUGUUAUUAGAGCUGCUGUCGACCAAAUUGUACAGUACAGAUAUCUGACGUGCGUCAUAGUUGAAAAUGAUGGCAAGCAAGAGAAUGUGGUGCGUCAUUGGGAAAGUCACCUUCGCCCACGUGUUCUCCGGCCAUAUGAGUGCACUGAUGGGAAAUCAGAAUUAAAUAUCUUUGGAUAUCAUGAUGAUACUGAAAGUAUAUCUUCCGGAUGGUUGACCUCCGAAACAGUAGUACAAUUAAAGAUGUUUAACAGCUCUGUUGCCAUAUGGAAGCGAAGAUAUCGCGAGAAGCCCAUCUCCUACCAUGUCACCACUAUAGACAUCACUAGAAAAGAAGCAGAUAUUUCACCUGAGGAAGACAGUACUUUGACUGAGUUUAUUGGGCGAGGAUGGCCUAUUGUUGAAGUUGCUGUGAUGAAUGAAACUGGGUGGCAGUUUCAUCAACAAAGUCAAUUUGGAGUUGUAUAUGACCCCACAGAUUAUGUUAUAUUUCAAGCACAGAUGAUGGAACCAGACACAAUAGCAUACAUGGUUGAUUUUUAUGUCCAUGAAUCAGAUGUCCCUGAACAUAUAGGUUUUUGUUACAUUUUACCGAGCAACUUACGAGACACUUCGGGCACAUGUAAUAUGCCAAUCUCUGGUAAAAGGCAACAGCCUAUUGGUCAGCUGACAGUCGAAUAUUUAAUAGUCCGUCCAAUGAAAGAAUUUGUGUGUGAUCUCAGUGUUACCUAUGCCAAGCAUUGGAAGAAACCUGAAAAGAAAGCGCUUGAUGUUGGACAUAGGGGGGCUGGAAAUGCACGUAGGAAUGACAAGGUCGAAAAUGUUUUGGAAAAUACAGUAGCAUCCUUCAAUUAUGCUGCCAAACAUGGAGCAGACAUGGUAGAGUUAGAUGUACAAUUAUCCAAAGAUCUGGUUCCUGUAAUUUAUCAUGAUUAUUAUAUCUGCAUAUCUAUGAAGAAGAAAAGAACUGUGCAUGAGCACGAGUUGCUUCAAGUAGCUGUUAAAGACCUAACUGCUCAGCAACUAAGAAUGCUAAAGCUUAGUCCGGCUGAUUCAGUUGCACAUGAUUUUCAUGAUGAUGAUUAUGAAGACAAUCAACCUUUUCCUACUUUAAAACAUGUUCUCGAAGCUGUAGACCCUAAAAUAGGUUUCAACAUUGAGAUAAAAUGUCCCAUGCAGUACCAUGAUGGAACUUGGGAACUGGAUCAUCGAUUCGAAAUGAACAAUUAUAUUGACAUCAUAUUAAGGGAUAUUCUAGAAAAUGCUGGCAAUCGCUAUAUAUUGUUGUCCUGCUUUCAUCCAGACAUUUGUAGCAUGGUUCGUCUGAAGCAAAACAAAUAUCCUCUAUUGUUUUUAACUCAAGGACAGACCGACAAGUAUCCACCUUAUUUUGACUCCAGGACUUCUUCUGUUGCCAUGGCAACCUAUUUUGCUUUAAAUGUUGGCCUUUUGGGAAUCGAUGUUCAUGCGGAAGAUCUCAUACGAGAUGGUUCCCUCAUACCUUUUGUGAAGGACCACAAACUUAUUCUGUUUUGCUGGGGAGAGGAUAUCAACCACAGUGAUGUGAUACGUUCUUUGAAAGAGCAGGGUGUUGAUGGUGUUAUUUAUGACAAGGUUGAUGAAUUCACUACAAACCAGGAGAACAUUUUCCUCGUGGAAUCGCACAAAGCUCGAAUGGGCCUCCUGGAACUGGCCGGUUCAGCAGCGGAUUCUCUCAGCACCUGGUCUUCUACCUCAACCAGUUAAAAGAAAUCACUCCAAGGUUGUAGAACACUCACUCUCGUCGUUGCAAGAAGCAUUUUUUUCCUUUGGUUCCACUGCACUGGAGGACUCCUCAGAGAAAGACUUCAGUGUCUCGUCCCUCGUUUGAGAACUUGUUGUGCAUUUUAUGAUUGUGCCCUCUUUCCAGAAGGUGGCAAAUCUGUGAGCUUGUAUAUUUUGUUUGUAUUAACAUAUUUAGUAUUUAUUUACGUAUGGCUGAUAAUGUUUUUAAUUAAAAGAUUUAACUCUAUUUGUAUUGGUUCAAUUUGUUCUU